GCCGCCGACACAUUUCAUAUAUUUUCUCAUUAAAUUCAAUUACGUGACAAAAAAGAAAGAAUCAUUUGAAAAAAGAGCAUCACCUGAAACUCUCUUCUGCACGAAGAAUCCAAAUUCCUCGAGAAACAACACAAGCUCUCCACCAAAUUAUCGAUCUGGGAUCAUUAAAACAGACCAUCACAAGACCACAUGAAUGGUGUAUUUGAUCUCAAGAGGUUGAGACCAGGAUUCAAAGGAUACCAUGUUGUAUCAUCAUCAUCAUCCUAUGAAUUCUUACGCAGGUGGGUUUGAAUUCUAUGUUACAGAGAUCAAACGGGUAUGGAUGACGUACCAGGAUCCAUGGGUACCAGUGCAGGAUUCGCUCUCAGGCUCGGUCAGACCAUCUUCUCCUCUGCUGCUCUUCUCUUCAUGGCGCUUGGUGGUCAAUUCUACAGCUAUACCUCCUUCUGCUUCUUGGUGACAAUAAUGGGUUUGGUUAUUCCAUGGAGUUUCACAUUGGCAUUUCUUGAUGGAUACUCUGUUCUUGUUACACACCCAGUUCGACAAAAAGGAAUCUUGUUCAUCAUCGUUAUAGGGGAUUGGGUGUUAUUGACUCUCACACUAGCUGCAGCCUCUUCAGCUGCGGCCGUGGUGGAUAUCUUGCUGAGGGCAGAAGGAUCCGUCUGCCCUCCAAAAAUCUGCAGCCGCUAUCUACUUUCCACCAUAUUUGCUUUCUUGUCGUGGUUCUUGUCUAUGGCUUCUUCUCUAUUCAAUCUAUGGCUUCUUCCAUCUUUGUGACUCAAGGGACUUGGAGGUCCCUUGUCUUUGGGACCCAGAAUUUGUACAUUCAUAUAAUUUUCAGUUUAAAAAAUGUAACAUUUUUUUACAGAACCAACUAAGAAGACCAUCCAU